CAUCGAUCUGAUUGGUCUAUAAGUGACCAAUAAGCUUUCUUUGUAUUCAAGGAUCAAUCAAACUUAAAGUGACCCUUGUGAUCAGUCACUCUUGACACAGGACAGCUGAUACUGUACGUUUAUCAUGAACAGAGCAUGGACUAUGUUCAAGUCUCAUCCAUACAUCUCCAAUGUGGUGGGAUACACAACACUGUUUGCCACAGCAGACCUCAUUCAGCAAAGCAUGAUGGGAAAAACAUUGAUAAAAGACACAGUGAAGCAAGAUCACGAUAAAGAAAUAUUAGCAGUAAAACGCGAUCCACAACCUCACUGCAUUGACUGGUCCCAGACUGCUCGGGUGGCGCUGGUUGGGUUCUGUUUCCAUGCCAACUUCAAUUACCAUUGGUUACGAGCAUUAGAAAAGAUGUUUCCAGGGGGCGGGACCAAAAGAAUAUCCAUUAAAGUGUUUCUGGACCAACUAAUUGGAGCACCUACAACUAUAAGUGCUUUCUACAUUGGUUUGAGCACAUUAGAAGGUGCAGAAGAUCCUUUUAAAGACUGGAGAAAUAAAUUUUGGACCUCUUAUAAGACUGGAGUGGUGUUCUGGUCAACAAUGCAGGCUGUGAAUUUCUCUCUGGUCCCACCAGUGGCUCGUACUGUCUAUGUUGGAGGAGUCACUCUUUUCUGGACUGUGUUUCUCUGUCAUAUUAAGCAGCAGAAGACUGACUCUCUGAGCUAGUCUUCAUUCAGAUUUCUCAAUUAGAGAGUACAGACCACAUAUUGUUAGAGAAAAAAAUUAAGCGUUUCAUUUCUUGGGCAGCUAUCUGUAAGGAGCAGGCAGGUUUAUAUUAAACUUUUUACCAGUAUCAAUGUCAUAUUUCUGCAUGUUUUCUUUAGCAAAGCCCUUUUAUCCAUGGAUUUGGUUAGAGAGACCUAAUGGGCUAAAAUGUAUUAUGCAUGUUUAAUAAAGUGUAAACUAUACUGUAUG